AUGAACAACUUGCCAAGAGUCUUUGUUUCUAACAUUGCUUUCUCCACUACAUGGAUGGCUCUCAAGGAACACUUCUCCAAAGUCGGUGCCGUUAAAUUUGUUAAAAUCUUUGAAGACCGUGAAACUAAGAGACCAAGAGGUACUGGAUAUGUUACUUUUGAAUCACCAGAAGCUGCUAAAAAGGCUGUUGAAACCUUGAACGGAACUGAACUUGAAGGAAGAAAUAUUGUGGUGAGAGAAUAUAUUGAGAGACCACCAAAGACUACUUCUGAACAAGAGUAA